GUCAAAAUGACCUUGGCACUUCAGCUCCUUCUUGUCCCCGGGUCGCAAGCAGUGCCCUAAGACGCAACUCGUCCGCGACAUGAACCUGGGCUCGUCAGAAAAAGACCUCGGGAUUCCUUUCUCCCUCGACGAAUACGAGGAUCGUCUAGUACCAGAGUUUCGGCUCGACGAUCGACUCGCGUUCUGGGAUGGCCCGAUUCGCGCUUUCCUCCGUGACAGACGAUAUGCGCUGUACAAUAUCUGUCCCAGAGACGAAGACGACGAAUUCAGUAUGAUGUACCCGGCAUUGGACACGCCCCACCGAUCCUUCCCGGACGAUGAUCGCUUCUCAUUCAUGGACCCCGACGAGCCGGGCCGCGUGAUGCCCAUUGCGGAGAGUGGCCGCGAGAACACACUUCAGUACUGUGCACGGAAGGCAACGCUCGGGAGAAUCACGCCUGAUCGACAUGUUGUUAUCAAACUCUUCCGCAGCGAGAGCGUCGAGAUAUACACCCUCAAGCUCAUAUACGAAACGUCGAAACGCGAAACCGUCCGGGGUCUCAUUCCUGUGCUCGAGAUCAUCCCGUUUCGCGGACACUGGCUCGUUGUCAUGCCUAGAUGGGGAGAAGACAUUAUGUCUCCGUUCCCCACACUUGUUGGACCGACCUUGUCUCUCAUUGAAGAUCUGCUCGCAGGUCUGGCGUUUCUUCACAGCCACAAUAUUGUCCAUCGGGACCACUCUUACAAGAACAUCCUCCACGCAAUAUUCGACUUUGACGUCGCUCUGAUAUUCCCCGACCGCCACUCCGCUCGCCUACCAUACACCCAAUUCUGGCUGGGAGCACCUAAGUUCACCGAUGAGAUAUUCCAAGGCGAAUACGACUACGAUCCGUUCGCGGCGGAUGUGUCCAUUCUGGGAAGUCAUCUUUGUCGUGAUCUACAGUAUCACACACCCUAUAUGCCUAUCCUGGCGCCCCUAUUCGACCGGAUGCUGCACUGGCAUGUUCCAUCUCGCCUGACGGCUUCCCAGGCACUAGAACUAUUCCGCUUGUUGCGAGCCGAAUAUAGCGAUCUGGAUGACCAACCUCUCUCUGCUGUCAAGAAGCAUUUCAUUCAUGUGUCGGAAUACGACCGAUGGGCAGGAUUGCCUCCCGACUUUGUCAGGCGUUUCGAUGAUUACCGGAUAGUGUACCUCUUUGUCUGGGGUGACGGCUCGGCUAAAAUCUUGAGGAGCACCGCAGAAUUGGGACGUUCCAAGGAGCGUGCAAGCAGCCUCGAUCUUUGCACGUGGCUUCACUCGGAUCCAGCAGGUCGUGAUAGUCCCACUCGACCUCUACGCGGGAUGGCCGACGGGACACACUCUGAGAAAGACCCAGCUAUCCCCUUUUCGUUGGACGAGUAUGAAGAUCGUCUCGUACCCGAAUUCCGAAUGAAAGACCGCCUCGCGUUUUGGGAUGGCCCGAUCCGCGCCUUCUUGCGCGAACAUGGAUACGUUCUAUACCAUAUGCGCUCCUUUCCGGAAUACGACGUGGACAGCCUCAUGUACCCGGCUCUGGAGACGCCUGACGGGCCGGACGAUGACGAAGCCACCUACGCGCUGAUGGAUCUCGACUCUCCUGAGCGGGAGAUGCCCGAUCCUGAAGACGAGUCGUAUCUUUCCUUGCGUCACAGGGCGUAUGCACGCGAAGUUCGGGGCCGAGCUGCCUUUGCACAGAGUGAGGCUCGGCCAGAUCGACAUUUCGCUAUCAAGCUAGUUCGGGCCGAAAGCGUCGAAAUCCACACUAUCAAGCUGAUAUACGAAGCUUCAAAAGAGAAGCCCCUCCGGGGCCUCAUCCCUGUCAUCGAAAUCAUCCCAUUCCGUGGUCACUGGCUGGUCGUCAUGCCGAGGUGGGGAGAAGAGGUCUUUCUGCCGUUCCCGACCGUCGCUCGGCCCGUAUACGACCUCAUCGAAGAUCUGCUCGAGGGUCUCGCGUUCCUCCACAGCCAUAACAUCGUGCACAGGGACCACUGCGCCAGGAACAUCGCGGUGAACCACAUCCCCGUUCUCACAUACGAGGAUCUGAGAGACCUGCCGCCCACUCGGCAGGCGGCGCGAAACGCCGGCGUUCUCUGUCACGCGAUCUUCGACUUCGACGUCGCGCUGGCGUUUCCCGACCGCUCCUCGGCUCGGCUGCCGUGGAUGGAGUUCUAUCGCGGCCCAAUCAAAGGCACGCAUGAUGUCCGGCAAGGGGAGUACGACUUCGACCCUUUCGCCGCAGACAUGGUCAUCUUGGGUCGAGUGCUUGAUGAUUCCUUGCGGGAGUCUACCAAUGUUUUGCACGCCGCUGAACGGUAUUCCAGCCAGCCCUGCCACAAGUUCUUCAAGACUGAGCGAAUCCUCACAGAGUUGGACGGGCAACAUGGGAACGGCCGUGGCACUGUGAAAGACGCACAAAUGAUCUUACGUGCCACACCCGUAGAGUCAAUCUAG